GGAGCAGAAAUCCCACUUCCAAUUCGAUUUUAGGGGGAAAAUAAAAGAAAAGAAAAAAUCCCACCUAUACCGUUCGCCCCUACCGGGGCACCCUUUGCUUUCCCUGAUGUUCCCAAAACGCCUUCCGACAAUCAAACAAAUCCAAACGGCGAAUUCCGAAGCACACCACCUUUGACCCGUAGUCCAAGUCUUCCCUCUGUGGAAUAUCCCAUAAAUUUUGUUUAAACUGCCAUGAAAUCAUCUGAAAAGUAUGCUGUGACGUAUGCUUACACCUUCCAGACGUCAUCAGACGACGACGAGGACAUGACGGAGACCGUUACAGACAUGGCAGCAUCAGUGAGGGCGGUGGAGGAACUCCUGAAUUACAAGUUUAAGAACAAGAUGCUUCUAGAAGAAGCUCUGACUCAUUCUUCUUACACUGAUUCGGCAUCUUACCAGCGGCUUGAGUUCAUCGGCGAUGCCGCUCUUGGCUUAGCCGUCUCUAACUACGUGUUCCUGGCUUACCCGGACCUUGAUCCGGGCCAGCUCUCUCUUCUUCGGGCUGCCAAUAUUAGCACCGAGAAGUUAGCUCGUGUUGCCGUCAGACAUGGCCUUCAUAAAUAUGUUCGUCACAAUGCCGCUGCUCUUCACGAUAAAGUGAGAGAUUUUGCAACAGCGGUAGGGCAGGAGGAUGAAACAGAGGUACAUGGAGGGGCAAUUAAGGCUCCAAAGGUUCUUGCUGACAUAGUGGAGUCAGUGGCUGCAGCUGUAUAUGUAGAUUGCGGGUUUGAUCUGCAAGCGUUGUGGGUGAUAUUUAGGGGCUUAUUGGAGCCAAUUGUCACACUUGAUGUACUACAACAUCAGCCUCAACCAGUAACAUUGCUAUUCGAAUUGUGCCAGAAAGAUGGAAAGCAUGUCGAUAUAAGACAUUGGAGAAAAGGGGAAAAAAACAUUGCAAGUGUUUAUGUUGAUGGGCAAUUUGUUGCCUCAGCAUGUUCUGAUCAGAAAGAAAACGCAAAGCUUCAUGCAGCUAAGGCUGCUUUGCAGAAAUUAUCUUACAAAACUAGUGAAAAGAUUGGUAGAGACAUUAUAGGUGAAGUCAAUGGAUCUACCAAGAUUGAAAGUGCAAAACAAAAACUUCAUGAGCUCUGUGGAAGGAAAAGAUGGCCAAAACCAAGCUACAGAAUUGAAAAGGAGAUAGGUCCAGCUCAUGAUAGGCGAUUUAUAUGCUCUGUUCAAAUUGAGAUUGCUGAGGCUGUGCUUUUUGUGAUGGGAGAUGAAAAAUCAAGAGUGAAGAACGCAGAGAACUCUGCAGCUUCUCUGAUGCUACUAGGUCUGCAAGACUCUUGAGUACUAAUGAUGACCUAGGUGUAGAAUCAUGGAAAAUUGUAACCUGCUGUGUUGGUAGACAUUGUAGAAGCUGGAAAAGCAGAACGAUUUUCUUCAUUAGUUCUGUAUUAUUAGUUCAAUAAAUAUUGCAUUUUCUUUUACUUUUGAAUCGAUAAAUGAUCAUUGCUAUGGAUUAAGGUU